AUGGAAUAUAAAUCUGAAUUUGCAUUUAGAGAAGGAGGAAAACGGCCAAUUGUAAAACCAAUUGCUGGAUCUGCUGCAUUCGGUGUACAACUAAACAUGCCAAGAGCACCUACUCCAAAUUAUGAAAUAUAUUCCACAUCUAAAAAUAAUUUUGAAAGAUCAAGUAUAAUCUCUACUCCAAUGAAAUCUCAAGAAAUUACAUUUAAUAAUGGAUAUCCAAUAACUAAAAAUUCAAUGUCACAAACUCAUAGAAUGUCACAACCGCAAAUUACAAAUCAAAGAAAUAAAUCUGUAGUUAAACCAUAUAUAAGAGCAUUGUCAAAUGAUAAUAUAACUCCAAUUUCUAAUACUUCAUCUAUACAACCUAAUAUAGUGAAAUGUCAAUCUUCAGCAAUUGACUAUCCAGUUAUUACACCUUUAGAUGAAAAAUCAAGUAAUGUAAAUUUAAUUAAUAAUCCAACAAUAAAAGAAAAUUCAACCUCUUCAAUAUAUAAUGAAGGAUCGCGUAGAUCAGUAAAGCGUCAAUCAGAUGAUAGUACCAUUGGAACACCAAAAAUUGAAGAUAAUAAUUUCUCAAGAUUACCAACUAAGGAUGAACUACGUUUAUUUAGUGUACCACAAGCUUCACCUCCUGAUGGAAAACAAACAAUUUCUAGAGAAAACUCUAUAGAUAUUACACAAAAAAAUUUGAAAUCAGAUAUUAAUAUUGCAGCUAAAGAACCAGAUAAAUUAAAUAGUAGUCAAUCUUUAAAAGCUGUUCCAGGAUAUCCCAAUAAUGUUGAGUUACAAUAUGUUGAUGAUAUGGUUAUUUUGGCUCCACAAAAGAAUGAAAUAUUACAUCCAAAAUUAAUGAAUUCAAAUGAGGAUUUAUCAACUGGAAUUUCAAUGAAAACUGCACAAAACAUUCGUAACAAACCAUCGGCUAAUUUGUUCACAAAACAAACAUUAGAUAAUGCUCCAAUGUCGGAAGCAGCAAAUGUGAUGUUAGAAAGUGCCAAUAAUAAUGAAAAGGCACAAAGUUCCAAUGUGAAUAAAGUAAAAAGCUUCCCUAUAGAAAUGAGUGUUGAUAAUCCAAUUUCAGUAGAAACUCAAACAAGUAAUGUUGAAGAUAUAUCAGUAAGAAAUAUAGAUAAAGAAUCACAAAAAAAUGUAUCUGAAGGGGAUAUUCGAGGCAAUCAAGAUUCUAUUAGCCAAAAUGCACCACCAAUUAGUUUAGAUGAUCAGGGAUUAGAAGGUCAUUUGAAGUGGUUAUAUGGUGAAGAUACUAAAAUUAGUGUAGGAUUAGGUCCUAAUAUUCAUGAUAUGAAACUAAAUUCCAUAAAAUUGAAUGAUGAGUAUGCAGUACAUAGUUUUAAUCCGUUAACUCAGAUGGAAAUCAGUAAUAAGAUCAAAAAGUGGAUAAACCCAGUUCAUGGACGUUUAUUUGUUGUGUUGACUACUUCAUUUGCUCUAACUGGUGUAUUUCUGCAAUCCCUUGUUUUCAAUAGAUUGAAUAAAUGGGGUAGUCCAAAUAAUUGUGGAGGAGUAUUUGUAGAACCUUUUAAAACAAAUCCUAUGUUAGGUGCUUGCCCAGAAGCAUUGAACGUCUUGGGUGGAUUAGUAGUUAAUGAACUUCGUAAUGGAGGAGUUAUCCGUUUAUUUUGGGCUAUGUGGAUGCAUGCCGGUUUUAUUCAUAUAGGAUUCAAUGUAUUAUCACAAGCACAGCUUGGUUAUAUGAUGGAACCAGAUUGGGGAAUGACAAGAUUCUUUUUUUUGUUUUUCCUUUCGGCAAUUGGAGGAAAUUUAACUGUUUCAGUUAUAUCACCAUGUUCAUUAACUGUUGGAAGUUCAGGUGGACUUUUCGGUAUAACAGCUGCUGGUUUGGUAUAUACAUUUGAACACUGGAAAAAUUUACCUAAUCCAUUGUUUUUGUUUGUAUUUGAUAUAUUUUCAGUUAUUAUAGGAAUGGUAUUAUCAUUUACAGGUGUGACAAAUCCUUGGGCUCAUGUUGGGGGUUUUUCUGUAGGAUUAUUAUAUACACUUGCUACUUUUAGAGGUUGUGGUGCUUGUAGUCCAGAAGAUAGACUGGCACGCUAUAAUAGAAUGGCUGCAUUGCCAAUAUUUAGAUUAUUUAUGAAACAAGAUAUGGAAUGGGUAAAAAGACAAAUAGAAGAAAAGAAGAAGAAGAAGAUUGAGAGGCGUAAUAAGAAGAAAGCUGAGCAAUGGAGGAAAAAUCAAAAAAUGAAAAAAAACCUUCCUAAUAGUAAUACUGAUGAAAUUAAUGAUGGAUCUGGUAUAACUGUUGAUGAAUUUGGAAUAAAAAGACAUGCUGAGUUAAUCAUUGUUCUUGAUAAAACCCCAGUAGGCAAAGUAACUAUAUUUAAGAAAAUAAAGAUUUGGUUUAAAAAGUUAGGUAGAAGCUUAUGCCAGAAAAAAGGUUUAUGGUCAUUUAGAAUAAUUUCUGGAUUACUGCUAAUAAUUUAUUUUGUUAUUGCUGCAUUAGGAGUAUUUUACCCUCCAUUAUACUGGCCAAAUCCAGUGGGUAUUGUAUCUUUUGAGGCAGGAGUCGUGAAAUGUGGUUGUUGCUAUGUCAAUAAUGUAUAUACAUGUGGCAGUAAUCCUCAAUUUAUUGAGUGGUGUGAGCAGCAAGGUCCAAGUGCUCAACCAGAUAGAACAGUUUUAGGAAUUGAUAAAAAUUAA